AUGGCUGUUAUAGAAAAUCCACUUCCGCAAGGAGCUGGUUACGCGGUAGUUGUUGGUCUAGGAUUCGUAUUCGCCUUCGGUAUGAUCAUGACGACAUACGUAUUGAAAAGAUAUCAGAAGGAAAUCAUAACGGCAGAAGAGUUUGCUACAGCUGGUAGAACUGUUAAGACGGGUCUGAUCGCUGCAGCCGUAGUAUCAAGUUGGACAUGGGCCGCAACAUUGUUACAGUCUACCUCCAUGGUGUACAAAGUUGGUAUUUCAGGAGGUUAUUAUUACGGGGCUGGUGCGUGUUUUCAAAUUAUUGCAUUUGCUACGCUGGCGAUUAAGGCAAAGCAACGUGCUCCCAACGCACACACAUUUUUGGAAAUCAUUAACAGUCGUUAUGGGAAGUUUGGUCACUACACAUACAUGUUUUAUGCACUUGCUACAAAUAUUUUGGUCACCGCCAUGUUGCUUACCGGUGGUUCAGCUGUGGUCAACGAUUUAACAGGUAUGAGUACUGUAGCGGCUUGUUUUCUGCUACCAGUGGGUGUGAUUGUAUACACCUUGUUCGGUGGUAUCAAGGCUACUUUCCUUACCGAUUAUGUCCACACUAUUGUAAUUAUCGUCAUCAUUAUGACAUUUGCGUUCACAGUCUACGCCACUAGUGAGGAUCUCGGCUCGCCUGGUAAGGUCUAUGAUCUUGUGCGGGAAGCUGCUCUCAAGCAUCCUAUCAGUGGUAAUGCUGGAGGUGAAUAUUUGACUAUGAAAUCCAGAUCGGGUGGUAUUUUCUUUGUGAUUAACCUUGCAGGAAACUUUGGUACCGUGUUCUUGGAUAACGGGUACUGGAACAAGGCCAUAUCGGCGUCUCCUGCGGCAAGCUUACCGGGAUAUGUGAUGGGUGGUGUUUCUUGGUUUGCCAUCCCAACUCUGAUAUCGACAGUUAUGGGUCUUGGAUGUUUAGCCUUGGAGUCAAACCCCAAAUUUCCAACCUAUCCUGACAGAUUGACUUCGGACCAAGUUUCUGCUGGGCUGGUACUUCCAUCCGCUGCGGUCACGGUGCUAGGAAAAGGUGGUGCAGUUGCUGCUCUUCUGAUGGUUUUCAUGGCUGUCACCUCCGCUAUGUCAGCUGAAUUGAUUUCUGUGUCAUCGAUUUUUACCUAUGAUAUUUACAGAACCUACAUCAACCCUAAAGCGUCGGGUAAAAAAUUGAUUCUAUCGUCUCAUGCUUCUUGUAUAGUCUUUGGCUUUUCGAUGAGUGGGUUUGCUGUUGGAUUAUACUACGCCGGUAUUUCGAUGGGUUAUUUAUACGAACUUAUGGGUAUCAUCAUCUCUUCUGCUGUGUUGCCAGCGUCUCUAACGCUCUUCUGGAAGCAACAAAACCUUGCUGCGGCCGUUAUUUCACCAAUCCUUGGCACAGGGUUGGGAAUAAUGUCCUGGCUGGUAUGUGCAAAAAGCCAAUAUCAUGAAAUUACGGUCGCUUCCACUUUUGAAGACAAUCCUAUGUUGACGGGUAAUGUUGUCGCAUUGUUGUCACCAAUGGUUUUUAUUCCAAUUCUAACCUACGUCUUCAAACCGCAGAACUUUGAUUGGGAUGUUUUGAAGGGAAUAACCAGAGCCGAAGAAACGGAGGAGAUUUUAGCAGAAGAGACCUCUCAAAUUGAAGAGGUUGCUACAUCGGAUGACAAAGAUAGCUCUACCAACUCAAGAUCCAAGGAUGUCGAAAAAUUGCAGGCAAUUAAAUCUGUCACUGCGGUUGCGGACGAAAUUCCAGAUGCUAAAUUGGACGCAAUGAGACUUGAAGAAGAAAGGAAAUUAGCGGUAGCAGGGAAAUGGGGUAAUUACUUAUGCAUUUUCUUUGCCCUUGCUUUGUUGGUUGUAUGGCCGAUGCCUAUGUAUGGAUCUGGUUACAUUUUCAGCAAAAGAUUCUUCACUGGGUGGGUUGUCGUUCUCAUCAUUUGGAUUUUUUUCAGCAGUUUCUGUGUCUGCAUUUAUCCUUUAUGGGAAGGUAGACAUGGACUUUACACUACAUGCAGGGGUAUAUACUGGGACCUCUCGGGCCAAACUUACAAGCUCAGAGAGUGGCAAGAUUCUCAUCCUGAGGAACUACAUGUAGUCCAAUCUCAGAUCAGUGCCCGUGUGCAUUCACAAAGGCGUUCCGCUGAAAUGCAUAUUGAUGAUGCUAUCGAGUAG